AGCGAACCCUAGUAAUGGAGAAGUUGGAGUGUGACUUUCUAUGUGGCCUUUAGACAUCUAAGAUUUGAUUAACUAUCCAUCCAUCCAUCCAUCCAUCUAUCCCUAUAUAUUCUCCUCAGUUUCCUUUUCAGACUUCUCUUUCUCUCCUAAUUGGUGGAGAGAGAAACGGAGAGAGGUUCAGCAAAUAACCAAGAACAGACUCUCUUUACCUCUCUCUCUCUCUCUCUCCUAUGUCAGGCCACACAUCUUCUUCCUCUUCUUCUUCCUUUUGACCCAUCUCAGAAGGAACCUCAACAAAAUUUUUUUAAAAAAAGAGGUAGAAGUUUCUGGAAGCCGCCAUUUUUUGUGUGUUGUAAUUCUAACCAUGGAUUCCUCGUCUGUGUCAAACGGCGUCGUUUCCGGGUUCAAAGAUAAGGAGUCAAUGGUUGACCCUUUCUUGGUUGAGGCUCUUCAGAACCCUCGUCACCGUGUCACCAUUUUGCGGAUGGAGCUAGAUAUCCAGAGGUUCCUGAAUAAUGCAGAUCAGCAGCACUUUGAGUUUCCACAUUUCCCUUCUUCAUAUCUCAGACUGGCUGCUCAUCGUGUUGCUCAACACUAUGGUAUGCAAACAGUGGUUCAGGAUAAUGGCUUAGAUAGCCAGGGAACCAGAAUUAUGGUAAGAAAGAUAGCGGAAAGCAGGUAUCCUGUGGUCCGCUUAUCUGAAAUACCUGCUAAACAGUUGGAAAAAGAUAAGCCUGAGCUGAUAAAAAUUGCCAUAAGGCCUAGGCCUAAUAAAACCAGUUUAAAUGAAGCCAAUGAAGCUGGAAAGAAAGGAAAUCCUCUUAGAAGUGUGGAAGAGAGGAAGGAGGAAUAUGAUCGGGCCCGAGCACGCAUUUUUAGUAGCUCUAGAAGUUGUGAUUCAGAUGAUACUCUCUCCCAGGCUUCAACAGAUGAGAAAAAUUUUCUUAUAAGCAAGGAUGAGAAAGAAACUAGCAAGACUGCUGUGGUUGAUUCAGAAAAAUGCACUAGUGAUAGGGACAUUAAUUCUACUCGUGUUGCCAUCUUCAGAGACAGGGAGAAGGAUCGCAGUGAUCCAGAUUAUGAUCGUAGCUAUGGAAGGUAUGUUAGGAGUUUUCCAACUUCUUCCCCUAACUUGAUGCCUUUUAAUUUGCAACAAGUUCAACCUCCAUUUGUGCAGUACGACACUGCUUUUAAUCAGUUGAGUCAGAUGUCACAAAGUCAAGCUUCACUUGGCUAUGGACCUCCUUCAAGCCCUAUGAUGAAUCCUUUUGGUGUCACGGCAUUGAAUCAGGCAUCUUGUGAUGCCGCUUACAUACAAUGGCCAAGCGCUGCAAUGAUGUAUGCACAUUCAUAUGACCAAUUUAGACAUGCUGUUUUCCAGGCUCCAUUUGGCCAACGCCCAUUGAGCUUUGAUUAUUCACAGAAUUACUAGAUGACUUUUAGGGGACAGUUUUCCAUAUGGCUGCAGUUGUUAUUUUAGCUGUUAAAGUUUCCAUAGUUAGACACAACUUUUCUAUUCUAUUUUAGACCCAUGUUUCCUAUUUUGGUUUCUCAGUUUUGAUGGUGGUAGUAAGCAUUUGGUGUUUGGUACUUCUAGUGAAAUUUUUAUAUACUCUUGUCAAUACUGGAUUAAAGAAUAUGAAGCGUUAUAUGUGGUUACAUUGUUUAAUGUUUGGGAAGCUCAACUUCAUUU